UUGGGCUACCGGUGCAAUUACCUCUUCAAUUAAUUUUAUUUAUUUAUAUACUAUUGGACUGCAAUCGCGCAGCUCUUACAAUUUAACUUAAAAAAAUGGUUCAAUGAACGGUGAGGUGUGCGGAAGGAGAGGAGUGGCUACCACAUACCGCCACCAAGCUUUAGCUGGAAAUUCUCUAAAAAAACAAGGAAAAAAAUAACCCCAAAAAAUAAAGCUCGGAAAUUCUCUUGGAGGUCCUCAAACACAUGUUUUUUCGUAAAAAGAAAAACAACACCCCGUAAUAAAUAGAGCAAUACAUAGUCCGACUUGGAGGUCCGCAAACACAGUCACAAAAUCUCAGGAGACCAAAUCCCGACUCUUCCCAGAGUUCUCAAGAAACGGUUGUUUUCUAGCAUUUGUCGAAACACACCGUCGGAUUGUGCCUUUGUCUGAUACCAUUACAGUUUCGUGGUCGUUUGGCAAAACGCUUGGCCUAAAACGAAAAAUACUGAAAUACACGGUCCGGCGGUGCGUUUCGGGACAGUCCGGCGGUGUGUUCCGGGAGAGGGCGGAAAACAACGGUGUGUUGGGGCUAAUUUUCCCAAACUACAACGGUAAAACGCCAGCUGGCGCCGCCCUCAACCUCGAUGGCGGCGGCGGUGCCGGAGCCCAUCUCCACGGCCACGGUGCGGGUCUCCAACAUCCCGCGCCUGGCCGUCGCGGCCGAGAUUCUCGCCUUCUUCGACUCCGCAGUCGGCGCCACAUUCGCAUGCGAGAUCGUGGCCGCCCACCGCGGCUGGCAAAGCCGAGGCCAUGGGACCGUUCAGUUCGAUUCCGCUGCCACCGCCACCCUCGCCGCGGAACUCGCCUCCUCCGGCCGCCUACCCCGCUUCCUCGGCUCUCCCCUGUCCGUCUCCCCUGCACCAGCUGACCUCCUCCCCCGAGCGCCCGAGCCCUCCCUCCGCGCGUCCGGCGCGCGCCUCUUGGUAGGCAACCGCGUGGCCGAGCGCGAGCUCGAGAUCGCCGAGACCUUGGCCGGCGUGCGCGUGGAGGUCAUCCCGGGGAAGCGGCGCGUGGACCUGUACCUGACUCACGAUUCCCAGAGGUACAAGCUUGAGGUGCUCUUCGAGGACAUCAGGGACUGCUUCCGGUGCAGCCUGGACGGGACGAGCGCCAUCUUGCUGCAGCUCACUUAUGCACCAAGAAUACACACUGCAUUCUCCGGGCCUGCAGUUUAUUCAAGGUUUACAGAUGAUCGUUUACAUGCAUGCAAGGAGGAUGCCAAGUUUACCUGGGUCAGAGCACUUGAUUUUACACCUAACCAAUCUUUUGGGAAGUGUUCCACUCUUGUCAUAAAACUGGAUGAAGAUGCACCCAUGCUGCAUAUUCUCAAUGGCUUACCUUUCUCGGGAGUGUUAGGGGAAAUGGCCAUUUCUUCGAUGGAUGUUGUUGGACCCUCUUCCAAAGUGGUUCCCCUUGUUGACUGCCCGCAUGGCUGUUCAGUAUCUUAUGAAGUUCUUUUUCGACUCAACUCUCUUGUUCACACGGGGAAGAUUGUUGCCAAACAUGUAAAUGCUAAUCUGUUUACAUUUCUUGAGCAAGUACCCCUUCAUAUUUCAAGGAAGAUUUUCGAGAAAAUGAGCAAGUUAGAGUCUACAUGCUACGAACCUUUGCAAUUCAUCGAGUCUGAACUAAAGCUAACCCAGAAUGCUUUGCUGUCCAGUAAGAGGGAAGGUGAAGGAAAAUUAAUGAGGUGUUACAGAAUUCACAUUACUCCGUCAAAAAUAUACUGCUUGGGACCUCAGGAAGAAGCUUCAAAUUAUGUGGUCAAGCAUCAUUCUGAGUAUGCUUCAGAUUUUGUUAGAGUUACUUUUGUUGAUGAAGACUGGAGUAAGCUUAGUGUAAAUGCAAUCUCAGCUAGAAUUGAACAAGGGUUCUUUUCUCAACCCUUCAAAACUGGCCUGUAUUACCGCAUUUUAUCCAUUCUUAAAGAAGGAUUUAUCAUUGGCCCAAAGAAGUUUAAAUUCCUGGCCUUCUCUGCAAGUCAACUUCGUGAAGGUUCUGUUUGGAUGUUUGCUUCUAAUGAUUCGUUGAAUGCAGAGGGUAUAAGAAGAUGGAUGGGACACUUUGAAGAAAUUUGUUCAGUGUCGAAGUGUGCGGCUAGAAUGGGCCAGCUGUUCAGUUCGUCCAGGCAAACGGUUGAAGUCCGACCAAAGGAUGUGGAAGAGAUUCCAGAUAUUGAAGUCAUAACUAAUAACAUGAAAUACAUAUUUUCUGAUGGUAUUGGGAAGAUGUCUGUGAGAUUUGCCAAAGAAAUUGCCUACCGAAUUGGACUAGACCAUAAGAACCCUCCUUCAGCAUUUGAAAUAAGGUUUGGUGGCUACAAAGGAGUGAUUGCUGUUGACCCUUCUUCCUAUCGCAAUCUUUCUCUGCGACCUAGUAUGAGGAAAUUUGAAUCAGAUUGCAGGAUGCUUAACAUUACAAGUUGGAGCAAGUCCCAGCCAUGCCACGUGAAUCGAGAAAUUAUCUCUCUCCUUUCAACUUUGGGGAUAAGAGAUGAGGUAUUUGAGUUAAUGCAGCAAGAUGAUAUGUGUGAAUUAGAUGAAAUGCUAACCAACAAAGAAAUUGCUCUGUCGGUCCUGGGGAAAAUUGGCAGUGCCGAAACUAAGACAGCAGCGGAUAUGUUGCUACAAGGUUAUAAACCAAUUUCCGAGCCAUACCUGUUGAUGAUUCUUAAGGCCCAUCAGGAUAAUAGGUUGACUGACAUAAGAUCUAAAUUUAAGAUUCAUGUCCCAAAAGGCCGUGUUCUUCUUGGUUGUUUGGAUGAGACAGGUAUAUUAAAAUAUGGUCAAGUUUACAUCAGAAUUACAAAGAACAACAAAGAGCAGAAAGAGAAUGAACAACCUUAUUUUUGUAAAGAUGAUGGGAAAACAGUCACUCUUGUCGGAAAAGUUGCAGUAUCAAAAAAUCCCUGUCUCCAUCCUGGUGAUGUCAGAGUUCUUGAAGCUGUCUGUGACCUUGAAUUGCAUGCUACGAAGCUAGUUGAUUGUGUUGUCUUCCCUCAAAGAGGCGAAAGGCCUCAUCCAAAUGAAUGCUCUGGGGGCGAUUUGGAUGGUGACCUCUAUUUCGUCACUUGGGAUGACAGACUGAUUCCAGAGAAGGCUGACACACCUAUGGACUACACUGCAGCAAGGCCACGCAUAAUGGAUCAUGUUGUUACACUAGAGGAAAUUCAGCAGCACGUUGUCAAUUACAUGCUAAGUGACUCGCUCGGUGCUAUCUCAAAUGCUCACCUGAUACAUGCGGACCGUGACCCGAUGAAAGCUCGGAGCCCCGAGUGCCUCCGGCUCGCUGCUCUGCAUUCGAUGGCAGUCGACUUCGCCAAGACGGGAGCUCCAGCUGAAUUGCCUCGAUCACUGAGACCGAGGGAGUUCCCUGACUUCAUGGAACGAUGGGACAAACCGAUGUAUAUCUCAACUGGUGUUCUCGGCAAGCUCUACCGAGCAGCUGUGAGCCGUAUGGAGAGCUCACAUGCUCUCGCGUCCCAAGUUCAAUCGAGCCCGACGUACGAUCGUGAGCUUGAGGUCCCUGGCUUUGAGGAAUUCCUGGAAGACGCAGAUAAGCACUACGACUUGUACGUGGAGAAGCUGACCACCCUGAUGAACUACGAUGGCGCGGAGCAUGAAGACGAGAUGCUGACCGGCAACAUUCGGAACAGGCUGCUGUACCUGAGGAAGGACAGGAAGAGGUACUCUGACAUGAAGGACCGGAUCGUCGACUCGGUCAACGCCCUGCAUGAGGAGGUGCGGGGCUGGUUUCAUAGCUGCCUGAAGGCGGAGGAGGAGGCGUCGAGGGUGGCGUCGGCCUGGUACCGUGUGACAUACCACCCGGACCACCGCCGGCCGGAGAAGAAGCAGUUCUGGAGCUUUCCGUGGAUCAUCUGCGACAAGCUGCUAGCGAUCAAGGAGUCCAAGUCCAACCGCCGCCGGCAACUAGUGUGUGACGCAGCAGGGGCGGACCCGAUGGACUGCGUCCCAGCGAAGCGUAUGCGCAUGAUACAAUAAGUGGAUUAUUCAGCUGCCCAAACUCCAAACGGUAUGGUGUUAUCGUCGUUUAGUCCUUGCUGCUUAUCCAAAUUCCUAUGAGAGAGGAGAUCCGUUGUUGGUUAAACUUUGUAUACAAACUUACUUGCAUCUAUAAGCAGAAACAGACCAUAAAAUGAUUGAACCUAGGCAAAA